AUGGAAUACGUAACUCGUCUCCUCCCGGACAAACCUGAAGUUGCUACAACUUCAAAGUACCAAGGUCUCAAGUAUGAACAUCCAGUGAAAUAUUACGAUUUCCAUGUUUACUACUACGAUAGAAUUGCAAGUUCCAAGUCGGAGUCGGACAGCCUUAGGGCAAAGCUACUCGAGGAUUUCCCAGAUGAUGCGGCGGAUGGUUCUAUCAUAGUGAAAAUAUUACCAGAUGAUAAGGUGAUCGGACCACAUGCAACUCAAUUUUGGGAAGCAGAUGUAGCUAGACCAGAGGUUUUCGUCAGAUUAUUGAGCUGGUUCCAACUUCACCACGGCGGGUUAUCAGUAUUGAUCCACCCUCAGACUGGUGACGAUGUUUUAGACCACACCAACAGAGCAUUAUGGCUCGGCGAUAGGUUGCCUGUCUUUACUGAUAUUUUUCCUCCUCAAGUGGAAGGUAAGCAAGGAAUUACUGAAUAUGGGGUAAGAAGAGGUCAGAAGAUCCCAGUCGACAAGUUUGACCAGCAUAUCAGCGUACCCCACAAAGACUGA